AUGGCAACAACCCUCGCCCCGCGCGCGCCCUUCGACGCAAAAAAAGCCGCAGCAGCCAUGGACGCGAAGCUCCUCCCCUUCCAGAAGGAAGGCGUCGCGUUCGGCCGGCAAGUCAAAGGACGGGUCCUGAUAGCGGACGAGAUGGGCUGCGGCAAGUCGGCCCAGGCCAUCCGAUUAUGUUUAGAAUACGCGGACGAGGCGCCCGUAUUAAUCGUGUGUCCCGCGUCGUUACGCUACACGUGGGCGCACGAAAUUGAAAAAUGGCUCCCGACACUAGCGCCCUCCGAAGUCUCCAUCGCGAAGGGUCGAGCGGAUCGCGAGGCCGUCGCGCGAAAAGGCGUCCGCUUCGUGAUCGUGACCUAUUCAUUGUUCACGGAGAGCUCGCAAGUUGCAAGUGCUGUGAGACAACGAAAAUUCAGAGUUGUGGUGGUGGACGAGUCCCAUUCGUUGCGGACGCGGGACUCGCAGCGCACGAAACUAUUACUGCCGAUCAUGAAAAAUGCUUCUCGGUUGCUACUGCUGUCGGGCACGCCGGCACUCGCAAGACCAGUAGAGCUCUACGCCCAGGUCCACGCCUUGGAUGAGAAGGAGUUCGGCACCUACUCCGCGUAUACGAAGCGCUACUGUAAUGCGAGACGGGGCCGCUUCGGCUGGGACGUGACUGGUUGUAGCAACGCGCAAGAAUUGCACUCAAAACUGGCCAAGGUCAUGGUGCGGCGCCUGAAGCGCGACGUGUUGUCGCAGUUACCGCUUGUGUCAGUGUGGAAACCAACCAGGGAGUGUGGGGCGCGUCGAUGGCGUCAAGGCGAGAGACUCAGUCGACGCGGUCGAGACGCGCGUGGCCUGGCCAAGCGCCUCGACGGUGUAGUGGCGCGUCGAUGGCGUGAAGCAGGGCGCACGUCGCGUCGAUGGCGUCUGGGUCGGCCCGCAGCGAUGGCUGGACGCCGUCGACACGCCGCCACCGCGAGAGAAAAGGCCAUCGACGCGACACAACACAAAAACGAAACGCAGGCGCAAGCGCCGCCAGCUCGUCGCCGUCGAGGCCGUUGAUAAGAAAGCUCUCGACGAAUCGAAGAAGGCCUGUUCGUCACUCGGAGACGCCUCUCGAGCCAUCGCAAAUGCCUCGAACGAGGACGCGUGGGAAAAGCGAGGUGAGAAGCAAGUGGCAUUGGGCGACGCGUGGCAGAAGUCGGGCCUCGCGAAAGCCUCAGCGGUGGCCGCCUACGCUCUAGAUUUGCUACAAAACCAGGGAACGAAAAUACUGGUCUUUGCCCACCACAAGGCCGUGAUGGACGCGCUCGAACAAAACUUGGUGCGAGGUCUGAAGGGCGCCAAGGCCAUGAUGCGCAUCGAUGGGACGACGCCGCCGCGGGAACGCCAACGAUUGGUGGAGGCCUUCCAGAACAAUCCUGGAACUAGAUUAGCUUUGCUCAGCGUGACGGCCGCCGGGACUGGUUUAACAUUAACGGCGGCCUCGGCCGUAUUAUUCGCGGAGCUCCACUGGACGCCUGGUGUACUAGUGCAGGCCGAGGACCGAGCGCAUCGCAUCGGCCAGCACGCCUCGGUGAACGUGCAUUACUUAGUAUUGAAAGACGAAAGUCAGUCGGUGGACAUGGCGCUCUGGCGGGCCAUCGGCAACAAGGUUAAAGUCGUCGGCAAGACCAUCGAUGGGAUGGAGAAGGCGUCGCUAGGCGCGACGGCGGCGACGGCGCCGCGUUCGGAACAGGACGCGCUCGUGUCGUUCUUUGAUCAGGAAGGGGCCCGGGCGCAACAAGUCGCCAAGGCGGAUAUUCGGUCGUUCUUCGCUCCGAAAAAGAAGAAGGCCCCUCCACCAGAAUUAGAUGAUGCUGCGCUGAUCCGCGCGACCGAGGCGGCCGAGCGCGCCGCGGCGGCGCCAAAACCGAAGCGCUACGACCCGCGCACGCUCCUCGCGGCGCCGGCGCCCGCGCCCCCGAAGAAGCGGCGCUCCUCCGAGGGCUCGGGCUCCGCUGCCGACCCGCUCGACCUCUGCCUCUCGUCGGACGACGAGAAGGAGGAUCAGCGCUGGCCCUGCUCGGCCUGCACGUUCGCCAAUGACUCGAAGCGCACGACGUGCGAGAUCUGCGCGACGCCGCGGGUGCGGGCGAGCUCGUCCUCGACGGCGGCGGUGCCACGGCGGUCCUCCGCCUCGUCAACAUCCUCAUCACCGUUGACGACGCGCUACGCGUUCAGCGUGUCGGCCAACACGGGCCGCGUGUCGGCCUUUUCUUCGCGUGAGGGCGCUCCUUUCGCGCGGCUCAUGGACGCCUUUGAUCCCGCGGUUCUAGUUGAUGGCGAGGGCCGGCUAUUACCUUUAUCGGCCGACGACCUCGGGUUGGACGAUGAUGAUGAUGCGAGGGCGGUCAAGAAGUUCGUGGCGGCGUGGCGCUCUUUGAGAGCCGUGGACCGCCAGACUUUAUCAGGAGACGAAUUGCUGGAGGAGGCGCUCGACGUCGAACUUAGGAAAAGGCGCGCCUCGUCUUCGGACAAGUGCUUCGACCGCGGCGUCGCGCGGCCGCGGAAGCGGGCCCGCGCCGACGGUGAUGAGGACGACGAUAAGAGAGCGUGCCCCUGGUGCGAGAAGCCGCUGCCAUCGGACGCGCCGGACGGUUCUUUUUGUGAUUGGGCGUGCGCGUCCGAGCAUAAAUUACGAAAGCCGAACAACUCCCAGGCGUCACGGUCGCAGUUAUUUGCUUUAGAACACGGCGUCUGCACGGCUUGUGGUUUGGACGCGCACGCUUUGUACAGACGCGUCAAAGCAUUAACGCCGCCGGAGCGCUUCCAGGUGCUCAUGGCGACGCCGGGCUUUGCCCCUCGCGGCAAGAAGGACCGCCGGUUAGAUACUUGUCUGGAAUGCGACUACUGGCAGGCCGACCACAUCAUACCCGUCGCGGAGGGCGGCGGCUGCUGUAGUCUGGACAACUUUCGGACAUUGUGCACGCCGUGCCACCAGAAGGAGACGAAUGCCCUGCGCCAGCGCCUCGUCGCGCGGAAGAACGCGGCGGCGGCGGCGGGGACGCGGGACCUGCGGUCGUUCUUCGCUGUUACGGGGAAGUGAGUGUUUGUGUAAUGUUCCUGG